GUUUCAUCAAUCACAUUCAUCUCUUUCCAAUCGGAGAAAAACAUGUCACCAAACAGUCGACGAAAAUGUCUACCUUUGACGGCAUCAUUAGAGAGUUCCCUGACAUUCGAGUGGAUUUCUUCCGAAACAACGGGCUCCGGCCACCACUUGCUUGCUUCUUGAGCCAUGUGCACAGCGACCAUUUAGCCGGGUUGGAGUCGCUUAGGUCCCCCUUUGUGUACUGCUCAGCGGCUACCAGGGAACUGCUGUUACGUCUGGAAAGAUACCCCUGCCGCAUCAAUUAUGCCAAAGGUAUUCUGGAGGCGCGAGUCCAGACAUACAAGCACCUCAAGAACUUGUUGAAACCCAUUCCGCUUGACACGCCAACUCAGAUUGAGCUGGCGCCGGGAAAGAGCAUCGGUGUUACUUUACUCGAUGCGAAUCACUGCACUGGAGCUGUAAUGUUUCUCUUUGAGGGUGACGGAAAAGCGGUUCUCUAUACAGGAGACAUCAGAAGUGAGCCAUGGCAUGUCAACUCGAUUGCUCGAAAUCCAUGCAUGAUGGAAUAUUCUGCAGGGAUCAAGACACUGAGCCGCAUUUAUCUGGAUACAUCCAACACUGAAGACAUUGCAUUUCCUUCGAAGGACGCUGGGCUCAAAGAGCUGCUGGAGAAGCUCAAGAGCUACCCGAAAGACACCAUAUUCCACUUUAAGGCUUGGACCUUUGGGUAUGAGGAUGUGUGGAUAGCACUCUCAAAAGCGCUCGACUCUCCCAUCCACGUCGACGACUACAAGAUGCAGCUAUACAGAUCUCUUGUGACAAAAGGAAAUCCCAAGGAUCCCUACGCGACCCAGUUCCAUAUGAGUCCAGAAGUGGCUGCAUUGGUCGGUUUUAUGUGUGGCAACACAGCACAUCCUGGAUGCCUUACCAGGGAUGUGAAUGUGCGUCUGCACAGCUGCGAGAAGGGAAACUACUGCAAAACUGUUCGAGACGCCGAGGCCGCGGGCACCAUCGUGCAUAUCGAGCCCAUAAUCACCAGACUUGCGGGAGGCGAAGAGGUUGCUGAGAUGGGGAUUGGUGGCGGCGGUGACGACCUGGAGCGCGAGGCUGAACUCGACUCGUUCGCACUCCAGGACAUUGGGGGUUUAUUGCAAAUUAUAUCCCAAAACCAGGCAAUCGAGGACAGCGUCAAGAUCAAAAUCAAGGAUUUCUUGAUGAAUGCGAUCGGAACCAGGCGUAAUGUCAGUCUCGACAUGGCGAUGGACCUUUUUGAUGAUAGCAAUGAAGCAGAUCUCAACAAGGCGGUUGACAGCCUGGCUUGUAAAAAGUUCACUUUGACCUCUAGGCUGGACAAAGCAUUGCCCGAGAAGCGUCCAGCCGUGGUAACUGUUGAAGAUGGCGCCGAGCAGAUCUUGCCCAGACGAGUGAGGUUUCCGUAUUCGAGGCACUCCUCCUAUCCAGAACUUUGCCAUUUGGUCGAGAGGUUUCGCCCGAUGGACGUGUGGCCUUGCACUUACAAUACAAAAGAAUGGCUUCAGCAUGGCCUUAGUAUCAAGUCUCUGUUUGGCGAGUAUUGCUCUGGAGAUGUAUUUGAGCACGAUAGAAUCCAAGCGCACUUUGCCUCGCGAUCGAAAGCAGGUGAAAUCGAGCACAACACCGAUAGCCAGUCCAGCGCGAUUACCCAAAGAUCGGACGAAACAGGCUACCAGCCUAGUCAAGAAAUCGAACAAGGUCGGCAGCUCCCGACGGUUUCCAAGGACAGCCGACAUGACCAGGGCCCCGGUCCCUGGUACACAUCAGAGAUGAUCCAUUCGACAUCGGACGACCCGAUUGCGACAAGUCAUCAACACAAAAGAAAGUUUGCCGCAUUUGCUGGUUCCGACCUGGCUAACCUUAAUGGUCGCGACCAAGGUAGUAUUGAGAAUGAGGAUAUAGACAAUCAUCCAGAAGAUGUAUUCCUGCACGACUCGCAAAGCUCUUCAGUCUCGGAAAGCGCAAUGGCAACUCGCAGGGCUGCUUUCAACGCGGUACUAGGGGCUACCACGUUCAUCAGGGGACAGGUCGAGUACCAUGGAAUCCCAUUACUCUCCACGACCGAUGCCCACUCCCGCAGCGAGAUUGAAUUGGGGAAUCCCAAACUGCGGAGAGCUCCAUGCUUUGAACGUGCUGGAAGCGACUUGUCACGGGAGCUGAUAUCCACAGCGAAUAACAACUCGGAAGCGGAUGCGGAGAUUGGGACAUCGCGAGAAGAGGAGUUCGUCUAGGCAUUGACAAAUCAAGCAUGUGAUUCAAUGGAUGAACUUUCCUAAUAGUCUGGAGCGUUGAAAUAGGAAGCCUGGCGUACGUCAUCCUUCCUCGAUCCAUCACAUGGGUUGGGGUAAUGUAACACAGUCCCCGCAUUCACUGCCGCCCCGGUAUACAUUGUCCCGAGUCGCCAAUAACAACGUGUCACGACUAUAUUUUCCCACGCAUUAAGAUUAGCUGAAGCGAGAUGAUUCAAAUGGACUACACUCAAUCCAGUUCUGCAGUAUUUGCAACCCUUUCUCCACCAAAUUGUCAGUUGACCAAGUGCCCGUGAGCACAUGGCAAGCUGGGGCUGUGAAUAAAACAACAAAGGUCG